AUGGAAGUAAAUCAAGUGAAAUCAAUCCAUGCUGCUGCAUUAAUUAAUGAAGAACCGAUGAAUGAAAGUUCCGAAAGCGAUGAAUAUGAUGUAUCGUAUCGAAACAGAAAGAAUUUAGACAUAUCAGCAACGCAACAAUUAACACCACAUCCAUUUCGUCGUCAACAUCUUAAAUUUGGUGUACUCGGUAAACGUUAUUCUUAUGGUUAUUUGGGUAAACGAACUGACGUGCCAAAAGUUAAUAAUGAUAUUGAAGAAUGGGUGAAUGAUAUUCGAGAACGACGUGCUGGCCGUCCACAAUAUGGAAUGUUGGGCUGA